AUGCAAAAGAACAAGGCACGUCUAGUGGCAAAGGGAUAUUCUCAGGAGCCCGAAAUAGACUUCAAUGAGACCUUUGCACCUAUGGCAAGAUUGGAUACUGUGAGAACCUUGGUGGCUGUAGCUGCGCAGAGAAACUGGAAACUGUAUCAGUUGGAUGUAAAGUCGGCAUUUCUUAAUGAAGUGCUAAAUGAAGAAGUGAAUGUGGAUCAACCAUCUGGUUUUGUGAAACAAAGAAGUGAAGAUAAGGUGUAUAGGCUGAAAAAGGCUUUAUAUGGCUUGAAACAAGCUCCAAGAGCUUGGUAUGAAGAGAUAAAUUCCUACUUCAUCAAAACUGGUUUUUAUAGGAGUCCAAGUGAAGCUACAUUGUACACUAAGAUGUCUACAAGUGGUAUUCUCAUUGUGUCCCUAUAUGUAGAUGAUAUCAUCUACACAGGAAGUUAA